AUGCAUUGGAUUGGCCGAUACAGCUGUCUCGUGUUCAUAUCAACCUUUGGGUAUACCACUGCUUUCGGUGUUUUCCAGGAUCAUUAUACGAGAUCACACGCCGCCAGUACCUCGGCGGUGAGCUGGGUAGGAUCCACGCAACUCUUCCUGCUCAUCGUGCUAGGACUUCCUGCAGGAAGACUCCUCGAUAUGGGUUACUUCCGCUAUGCCAUGCCUCUGGGGUCCAUUAUUUAUACAUUUUCGCUAUUUAUGGUAUCUCUCGUCCACCAGGACAGAUACUACCAAAUCUUUCUCUCUCAAGGCAUUGGUAUGGGUAUUGGCGCUGGAAUUCUCUUCGUUCCGGCCAUGGCAAUACAGGCUCAUCACUGGAGACGGCGACGCUCAUUGGCCAUUGGUGUCGUUACCGCAGGUACAGGUUUUUCGACUUCGUUUUCGCAAGCUCAAUAUACUGAUAUCGCGUCAAAAGGCGCCUCAAUUGGGGGCAUCGUCUUUCCGAUCAUGUUGAACCAGUUGCUAAACGGAUCCGUAGGUUUUGCAUGGGGAGUUCGUGCCAGUGCAUUCCUUGUCCUGGGUAUGCUGUUGGCAGCGAACCUGCUGAUGAAGGACAACCCAGCGAUCACUGCUAUCACACGAGGACGGAAACAGGAUGUCAAGGCAUUAUUCGUCGAUAUUCCUUACAUGUUAUACAUUGCUGCGUGCGCCUCUCUCAUCAACGCCGCCGCGCUUUUUGGGCGAAUAAUUCCAAGCAUGUUCUCUCAGCGGCUGGGCAUCAUGAACAUUUUGAUCUCUGUGUGCUUUGCGUGCGGCAUCCUGAUUCUUGCGCUGUUUGGAAUCAGAGACAUCGGUAGCGUCAUAGUCUUCGCGAUCCUCUAUGGUUUCUUCUCUGGCGCGUUCCUGUCAGUUCUGAAUUUGGCCGCUGCAUCGUUCUCUCGGAAUGAGGGAGAAGUAGGGUUGCGUAUGGGUAUGACCUAUAGCCUUGCUUCAUUCGGAGCCCUCGUAGGCAACCCAGUCGACGGCGCUCUUCUUGGACCUACAUUCCCAUGGUCGAGAGCCCUCAUAUUCAGUGCGGUCACAAUCCUCAGCGGAACGUGUAUCCUGCUCGUUUCUCGUCAUCUGCUCGCCAAACAGAAGGAUAGUGCGAUCGUCUGA